AUGGUGAUCGACAUCGGGGAUCUAAAUGAUAAGCUAAAUGAUUUCGGGGUACGUAUCCAGGACAACGACGAGGUCAUCGAUAAAAGUAGGUUUCUUGUUUGGAUAUUUUUUCAAGAUAUUCUUUGCAGUCAAUAAACUUGCUCACUACUAUCAUUUGGAUGAAGAUGCGCUGUCUGAUGAGUUGAUCUCAGUUUUGCUGAACAAUAAAUGUACCGAGGUCGACAUGAUGAAUUUACAAGAGUUCGAAAAAGUGGGAUGUUCAAAUGUUAAAUUUAAAGUUUGUAUUUAGGUGCUUGAGUCGAAAAAAAGGACAUUUCUAGAACAGAUUCCUGCGAAAAAAUCCAGCGGACGGUUGAUUAAAUUGUAAAAAUUUAAGAAAAGGGUUUUUAGGCCAGCUUUGCGAGAUUGUACAAUGAGCACGCUUGCGAAAUCGCUGGAAAAAAAUUCAAAGUUGGACGAUGACGAGAAAAAUGACGGCGCCAGUGGCUCAAAAAAUCUUUCGGAGUUCAAUAGUUUUUCUCCGUGUGUGUGAGUUUUGUUGAACAUUUUUUUCCUAAAAUUCCUUAGGUUUUCAAAAUUUCGGAAGCCGGAAACGUGAGGCAAGAAGCAUAUUUUCACAAAGUAAUUUUCUGAUUUUUCAAUAGGACUUUCACUAAAUGUAUAAACCAGUGACGUUAGAGACUAAAACCAAAGAAAAUAUGUUCGGCACUGUUAGUUUUCAAAAGCUUUUUAGAGUGAGGAAUAUGAAACGAAUUCUUUUUUUCGGAAAAAAAUCCUAAAAAAAUUUCGGUUGAUAUAUUUUAAAAUGAAUUGCUAGUAAAUUUAACGAGUUAAUUUCGUACCGUAAUCGCAAUGAUUAUCCAUUUAAUUCUCAUGCGAAAAGCUCUACUGAGUUUCAUCAGAUAAUUAUAGAGGAAGCAUGAUUUUUUUUUGGUGUGAGUAGUUAUUGGAGCCUUGACAUGAUUUCUUAACGAGAACUUUUCAAAGGAGAAAAUAAAUCCAACAUGUUUUGAGAGAGUCUCCAAUCAACAAAGAAUUCCUGAAGAGGAGCUCAGCGGGAGAAGUCAUUUUCUGUCUCCGAGGCGAGAAGUUCCAAGAGGUCGACGGUGCGUUUCCAUCGACGGCGCCCAAUUUUCUGACGCUCGUCUCAAAGCCGCCCAACCGUUGUUACGGAGCCGAGAAAGCGUCCGUCGUCGUCGACGGUUUUUCUCUUUCCAGGCAACUUUGAAUCGUCGAGAUUGCAGCCAAGCUGAACCGUUUCGCGAAAAUGGCUCAAGUCUACAGAGACCAUUAUCCGGAGAUCCAGGAAUGGGGCAACGUCAAGCAGAUUACUGAGGUGAGUUUGCGAACUGUUUCUGAAGGCCCAGUGUGAACUGUUCAAAAACAACUCUUUUGUGGCUCUACCUACUUUGUCAAAACCAGGACCAUUUAAACUCUCUACAUAAACUCGGUAUAGUCAAUGUUUCCCGACUUGAAAGGCGAGGGAGGCGGGGCAGGGGGCGGGACGCGUAGCGUGUGCGUUCGCGGUUCUUGGCACGUGUUCAAUUCAACCACCAUCUACUCUUUGAAAAACCCGUUUUUCGCUUUUUUCAUUUCUUUUUCAAUUAUUUAUUGAUUAUGUUCAUGUGUCGAAAAACGGUUGCCGAGCUUUUUUUAAAUAGUCGGCGACAAUUGAAUUGAACUCGCGCCAAGAACCGCAAACGCAGACGCUACGCGUCCCGCCCCUUGCCCCGCCUCCCUCCCCUUUUCAAGUCGAAAAAACAUUGACUAUAGUAAUCGAAAGCUCCGAAAAAAGUUUUUAUGAUUUCUCGCAAAGAUUACGUAGUGGAAGUCUUUUUCUAAUACCAUCAGAAAUCAGCGCAAAAAAAAAAAAAUUAAAAAGUUCAAAUUGACAUGAAGAUUCCUUUGAAAACUUUCGUUAUUUCUUCCCAGUACAUGAAAAGAUUCUCGGCGGUUUUCAAUUUCGCUUCGAAAUCUCUGACCACAGCCCCAUCGAAUUCCCUCAAAUUGUCGUUCUCAUAGGAGCCGGUGUUCAUCUACGGCGAAAUAAUGAGAGACGCGGCCGAAGGACUCCCGCUGGGCGAACGGACCGCCCUUCUGAUGCUCGACGACGACGAAGGCAGCGAUGUCCGUCUGGACCUCUCCAACGCCGGCGACGUCGCCAUCUUCCUCGGGCAGUUCGUCGCUCUGAAAGGCACGGUUCAUUCGCCAAACACGCUCCUCGUCGAAAAGUUCUUCGUGCCGCCUCCGUUGCCCCUCGCUCAGGUCCAGCCGAACUGCUCGACGUCGGCUUUGGGUUGGUGGUCGACAACUAUGUCGCAUUAAUUAUUUUUUUUUCUUACUUCAGUUCAAAGUUAAAUGCUUUUGAGAAAAUUUCCUACUUUUGCUGCAUCGCACUAUCAUAUAAAGCUGCGAAAAUGGCGUUUACUAUUUAAGGAAAAUUCAUUAGCUGUCAUAUAGUUUCAAAAGGAUUCUGAAUAGAUAUUUGAAAAAAACAUCUAAAUAGCCUUUCCUGUGCAGUUUUAAUUUUUGAGGGUUUUUGAGUUCGGGCUUUUUUUCGCUUUAUAGCAACUUCUCGAGUUCAAAAAUCUUUUUCUAAACUACUAUACCAUUUUUUUCUCUUUCAAGUGCCUUCUUUCUAGCAAAAGUGGACAUUUGGUGUGCGGCCGGUCCUUUCACUUCCGCGGAAAACUGCGCCUACGAACAGCUGAACGAGCUUCUGGACAACGUGUGCAAGGAAAAACCGACAGUUUUGAUUCUGGUAUCGAAAAAAGGCUUCGAAUUGAAGUUUUCUGAAUGGAGUUCAGACGGGACCUUUCAUCGACAACAGAAACAAGUACAUCAAGUCUCCCGGAUUUUCCUUGGACUACACUCAACUUUUCACUAACUUGUUAGCUCGAAUUCGCAUCAAGUUGAAUGGGUUGGUGACAAAUUCCAAAUUCAUUUAUAAAAUUAUGACGUUUGAUUCCCGGGAAGGAAAGGUGCACUUUCUUUUUUGAUUUUUUCACGUUCCCAGAUAUACUUUCUUUCGAGAAAUUUACUUCACGGACAGCUAUAUUGAGACGAAAUCGAUACAUUCUAAACCGUUUCUUUUCUCACAAAUUGAGACCCAUGGAGUCAGGGCAAAAAAAUUACUGAAUAUUUUAAAGCCAGAUAAAACUGAAUUGACUAGGAACAAGAAAAAUAUUUUGUUAAUGAUUUGCAAUCCAGCGGUUUGAAAGCUGAUCAUCGAUUGUUGAGAAUUUCUUUAAUAUAUAGUUUACAAUCGAUUUUUAAUAAAGAAGGAUCUGUUUGAAAUAUCAGUUCGGUACGAAGAGAAAGUUGUGAUCUCAAACGUUAAGAUGUCCAACGGAGGUGAUCUUCCAGCCAUCCUCGCACCGUGAAAUGAUCAUCAGGAAUAUCUUCCCGGCCCCAGAGUUCUCCUACAAUGAAAAACCGAAAGAUAAAGUUGUCAGCGUGACUAUUUUCCUGCUAUAGAAACUAUUUCCAGAAGUUUCAUUUCGUUCCCGACGGUUGUGUGAUUCGGAUUUGCGGUGGAGCGCUGGAAGUUGCAUUAGUCGGCUGCGAGGUUCGAAAAACGCAUUAAAUUUGAAUCAUAUAAUAGCUGAAAAGUAAAAGAGCCUUCACUUUAACCACCAUUUUAAAUUUUUGUUCAAAGACCUGACAAAGAAAUGGGAGAAUCGUUUAGCUUUUGCCGCAGUUGGGGAAAUACGAAUGGCUCCGAUCAGCGGAUCAGGAGAAUCAGGACAGGAUAGCGCGGCUAUCGGGUCACAUUCUGAGGUGAGUCAAGACGCAACUGAAGGGAAAUCCUUGCUGAGCAGCCAACGGUCGUUGUACCCAUUGAAUCCGCCGGCAGUCGCCUCGUCGCUUCAGGACAUCGAGGAAGUCUGCCAGAUCUCAGCGGCUCCCAACCUCGCCAUCCUUCCAUCUAUCCUGCCGCCGUCCGCCAAGGUAUUUCGUUAAAUUACUCAGUCAAUUAUUGAAUUUUGGAAACUAGAAAUUUAAAACUGACUCAGCUCAAAAGUGUUGUUUUCAAGCAAAAGUAGGUUCAGCUAUCAAUGGAGAAGGCCGAAAUUUUUCAUAAAACUAUUUUUCCUUGAACCCAUGACAAGAUACCUUAGAAACUCGACCGAACUGUCUUCGUGAAUCCCGGAGCGCUGGCCAAAGGAUCCACUGGAACGUACGCCAAAAUCUCGACGCGAAUCCCGAUUAUUCAAACCGACGACAGAAUUGAUUUGGCCGCCCAUUCCGCUAUCAGUUUAGUCAGAAUUUGA